ACUCUUUCAUUCCUCGUGCUAUACGCCAUUCUUGCCCUCUAUUCCCCAUUCUGUACGAUUUUUAACCCCUAGGUUUAGCUUCCAGCCGUUGCCGUCAACGACAACAAUGGCGUCCGCAGAUGUCGAAUACAGAUGCUUCGUCGGCGGGCUCAACUGGGCCACCGAUGACCAAGCCCUGGAGCGUGCCUUUUCUACCUACGGCGAGAUCCUCGGAUCGAAGAUUAUCAACGACCGCGAGACUGGUAGGUCAAGGGGCUUCGGAUUCGUGACCUUCAGCAAUGAGCAGUCGAUGAGGGAUGCGAUAGAGGGGAUGAACGGCCAGGAUCUCGACGGCCGUAACAUAACCGUGAACGAGGCUCAGUCCCGCGGGGGAGGUGGUGGCGGUUACAGCCGGGGAGGUGGUGGAGGAUACGGUGGCGGAGGAUACGGCGGCGGAGGUGGACGCCGUGAAAGUGGAGGUGGGUACAGCCGUGGAGGAGGCAGCGGAGGAGGCUACGGUGGCAAUGGGCGUGACCGUGGGUACGGGAGCGGCGGCGGCGGCGGGGGUCCAGAUACUCCAGGGGCGGUGAAAGUGGGGACUGGAGGAGCUAGAGGCUAGUCUACUAUUCGACUUUAGGGUCAAUAGGUGGUGAUGGGCUUUGGUUAUGGGUAGUGUUAUGUUUUUAAAUUCGGAUUUGGUUCUCUUUAGUUAAUGUAUCCUGAACUGAAAUUAGCUUUUAAUCGCAUGAGGUAUUCUACG